GUAUUUAUCAAAGUUGUACAAAAGUCGAACAUUAAGAAUGUUGUUGUUGUUUAUAGUUAACACGUGUGUAGUUAUUUAUAGUAAGGUCGGUUUGAAUGGGGUUUAAAGUUUCAUGCACGAGUGAAUUCAGGUAGUUUAAAGUCAUUCGAGCCAUUGCAGUUAAAGUGACCAGUAGCACAUAAUAUACCCGCUUCAAAUAACACGUGUGUGGGUAUGGAAAGUUCAGAAAGAGAAGAAAGUCCACCGUCAAGACAUUCUGACAUUAAUGUUACAGAUCGUGAUACUGUAACGAAGAUUGCAGAUAUCACCUUUAAUAACUUCAAGCAGUACUUCGACAGAAAAAUUGGCAGCCUGAAGAGAGAACUCAAAGAGGACGCGACUAACAAAUCGGAAAGAGUGGUAAAACAACUUAAAUCAGAACAUUCGUACAAGUUUAAGUUUAAUGGUAAUCAGGUGCAACAUGAGUUCAAUUCGGAUAUUGACUAUGAGGUAUCCAGGAUAAAACGGGCAGCAGAGCGUGAGGACUAUUCCAAAGUUCGUGACAUUUGUUCCGACAUCAGAGACAAGAUUCACAAGAGAAACAAAUGCAUUAAGAUUGCUGAUAAGUCGCCAGCAGGGUGGGAUACCGUGAAGGAAUAUAUGUCGGAUGACCUGGCUUCAGAUUCGGAAGACGAAAAGAAGAUAAGGUCGGCGGAAACUAGAGCUAUGCGUGGUAAGAAGCAGAAGGAACAAGCACGCGUUAAACGCAGGAAUGGUGGAAAUCCUUCAACUAGGACAGAACCCGAAGAUACUCCGUCUACUUCAAAUUCUACCAAUCGUAAUUUUCGUCCCUACCAGUAUGAAAAGCAAGUCGGACCCAAGUCGACAGAUCGCUGCUUCAGAUGUAACGGUCAAGGACAUUGGAGACGUGAUUGCACAAAGUACAACAAGACAGCGAACGGAAAUUAA